CAUGAGCACCUCAGCCAGUGUGUUGUCUUUAACGUGUAGGAGUGCCGCAUUCACUUACCGCACUGCACGAUUCUUUAUCUUAUCUGAACUGCGAUAGGUUAAUUUUAUUCUACUUAUUAAAAGGAUAUUUGUAGCUGGUCAUUUCCUUCAUUUUGUGAAGUGUGUAACUGAUUUUGUCACUUCAGUGCCCUUGAUCGUCGCGCGAGUUUUCACAAUCGGCAGCAAAACUCAGGUGGCAAGUUUAAUUUUAUUUAAGCUGUGUUGGCAUCAAGUCGUGUCUUAAAUUCAACACAUUUUUCAUCAAAGAGUAUCCGGAUCGCUGAGCGGCGGUGAGCGGCCACUGGGCUCCCCCUACAGCGGUGGCAUGGCGUCGCCUUACUCUGACGUCUCGGUGGGACUGCCCUCGCCCCCCACUGUCGUGUCGGACUACAACCGUCCUUAUGACUGCGUGAACACGGACGGUCCGCACUUGAUCUUAACGGAACAGCCGCAAAGCAAGUUUCGUUUCCGCUACAAGAGCGAAAUGGUCGGCACUCACGGCCAGCUUAAAGCUGAAAGAGCUGACAGGAACAAACCCAUCUUUCCUACCGUCAAGCUCGCGAAGUGGAGCGACGGGCCAGCGGUGGUGCGCUUAGCUCUAUACACGGGAGAGGACAAUCCCAACCAGCGGCGCCGUCACGUGCACGAACUCAGCGGCAAGAACUGCGACAAGGACACGGGCAUGUGUGAGGUGGUCGUCGACCACACCACUGACUACACUGCCACAUUCCAAAACUUGGGCAUCAUUCACAUCGCAAAGCGAGACGUCAAGGACAUCAUUCGUCAGCGCAAGAAAGCCGAGCUCAUCGAGCACGCGCGGCUACGCAGGCCUCACUGUACGCAGGAGGAGAUCAGACAGAGCAUCACACCCACGGACCUCAAGAAGUUUGACGAAGAAGCUGAAGAGAUUGCCAAGGCGAUGGACCUGAACAAAGUGGUGCUGCGUUUCCAAGCGUUCCAAUACGACACGACGCACGCCUGCUACCGCCCCAUCACGCGCGCCGUAGACUCAGAACUUGUCGUUAACCUCAAGAACGCUUCUACGGGCGAGCUGAAGAUUGUGCGCAUAUCUCAAUGCUCGGCGCCCUGCACUGGGGGCACUGAAGUCUGGAUGCUCGUGGAGAAAGUCAAGAAAACGAACAUCAAGAUCCGGUUCUUCGAGUGUGACGCGGACGGCAAUGAGGUGUGGUCGGCGUACGGCGAGUUCAGCGAGGCAGACGUGCACCAUCAGUACGCCAUCAUCUUCAGGACACCUCCGUACCACUCCACAAACUUGCGCUCUCCAGCGCACGUGAAAAUUCAGCUGGAGCGCCCCAACGACAGAGACAUCAGCGAGCCCAGAGACUUCACUUACUAUCCCAGCAACCGCAAGCGGCAAAGUCCGUUCAUGGAGUCAGCUCGUCUUGAUGAAGACGAGGAUUAUCCUCAAGGUGGCGGCGAUCGCACCAAACGCAUGUGUCACGGAUCCUACACUGAGCCGCUCGAUCUGAGAUUCAGUGAGUUCCCUUCGAAGCACGCGAGUAGUGAUGACGUAUUCAACAAAUGUGGUGAGUGUGCACCUAAUUUUCUCGCACCUGACCGAGGGUCGUGCAGCCGUGGAAGAGCCCGAGCAAGUUCUGGUAGUGCUCUGCCAAGCCAAAGCUGGGACUCCCAAUCUCAGCACAGUAACCUCUUCAGAACAGAGUUUGAAAGAUUAGUAGAGCUUAGAGAGCAAAACAAAUCCCAGACAAGUAUGAAUCUGAUGCCUAAGUAUUCAUCCUCCAUGCUGGCUUUGUCAGAUCACAAUAAAAGUGAGGCUAUAGGGGCUAGGAGUUCUCACUACUGUGGGGGAAGUGGGUUCCUGUCUCUUCACGAGCCGUCCAUCGGUCGCGAACAGUCUUGCUCUCAAGAUUCGCUCAUAGAAUCAUUCGCAAGAGACUGUACGACUGAAAGCGGUCAUCCGUCAACUUCAAUGGUAAAGGCUGAAGACCAAUUUCGAUCGACAUAUGUUAGCGCUGCAGACAAUACUCAUUCACAUUCAUCACAAGCUGGUCAUUCAUUCUCGCUAUCUCAUUCGUUAGGCUCAUCUCCAACACCUCAAACUCCUUCACCUGUUUCAUCCCCAUACCGCAAAUUCUCGGUAGAUAACGACUUUCGUUUAAUGACGGGGCAUUCGAAAGCUGCUCGUAGUUCGGUUCCAGAGGCAGCUGGUGAUGGCAAAGCAAGCCAAACGCUCGGCAUGAGUAGUUUACCUGAAUACCCUGGCAUUUCAUGGCCAAAGCCGGACGAGUGCAGGGCGCUGGAGUAUCACAACUACGACAACAUUCCCAACGCGACGUCCCUUCCGAACCUCAUCCCAGACCAGAGCGGCGGUGCUGGCAGUACACCUCCCACGUACGCCGAGCUGCAACCCGUUCAGCACCAUCACCUCCGGCCGCCUCUGCAGCCAAUACAAACUACUCCCUCCUUGGACUCCCAUGCCAAGUGGGGAGUUGGGGCCUCGCCACCUCCUCAUCCUGUUAAUUCCCCCAACAGGGAUCAGGCGUCCAUUGAAUAUCCCCGACGAAGUUCGGCCCCUAAUAUAAGCGGUCCGUGCCAGACCCCAACGGUAACCAUUACUCCACCAGCGGAAUUUUCACCUUUCUCAUCUUUUUUCUGGAACACAAAUGAUGAUAUUUUGGAGUGACGCUGUCCCAAAGUUUUUCUACUGAAAACUUGGACACAGUGUUUCGUCAAACAAAGAUAUUACUUAAUUAUGCGCUUUUCACACUUAUGUUCUUCUUAUUAGGAGAUUAUUAUCUUUUUCUUAUAAUUUUUUUCUUGAUGUACAAGACUGAUCAUGGAAAUAAAUUGCGAGUACAUUAAAAAUACCAAAUGUAGAAUCAGCAUUUCACUUCGAAUGGAGCAUGGAAGUUCCUUUUGUACCUUUCUUUAUUUUAUUCGAAAUUUUAAAGAUGUUUAAAUUUACUGAUGACCUAUGUAUGAGUAUGUAGGUAGCAUUAUUGCACGUUGUUAUAAAAACAGGUUAUUUAUUUCGUCAAAUUUUACAGUCUUUUCCUCAGUUUCCCCCGAAUUCCUCCGUUAAUGCAUUUUACAACAAUACUAGAUCAACAAAAAAAAAAAAAACAACUAAUCAUAAACCCAUAGAUUACAUGUUUGUAGUAAGACAUUACAAUAAGAUUCAAGAUGUAGGAAUAUCACUCUGGAGCUCCUCAAGCAUAUUUUGGCAGCGGCAUGUUACUGUUCAUCCUGCACGUCAAAUUUAUUUUCGGAAUUUUGUA